CAGAUCUGCUACAAGCCUUGGAGGACCUUCUAGGCGUUCCCUGUGUAGCGUGGGCAGCAUACCCUCUUGUCGGCUGAUAAUUCUCGUUGUUGACACUUCGUCGGAGAAAAUGGCGGCUGGAGUGAGACAGGAGCUUGCACAACUUAUGAAUUCAAGCGGAUCUCACAAAGAUCUCGCUGGAAAAUAUCGACAGAUUCUGGAGAAGGCCAUCCAAUUCACAGAUGCAGAACAAUUGGAAUCAUUAAAAGCAUUCGUCGAAGCAAUGGUCAAUGAGAACGUCAGCUUAGUGAUCUCUAGACAGCUGCUGACAGACUUCUGCACAAACAUACCCAGUCUUCCUGAUAGCACAGCCAAGUCAGUUUACCACUUCACACUAGAGAAGAUACAGCCCAGGGUCAUCUCAUUUGAAGAACAGGUGGCCUCCAUCAGACAGCACCUAUCCACCAUCUAUGAGAAGGAGGAGGACUGGAGAAAUGCUGCUCAGGUUCUAGUGGGCAUUCCUCUGGAGACAGGACAGAAGCAGUACAACGUAGACUAUAAGUUGGACACGUACCUGAAGAUCGCCCGUCUGUACCUGGAGGAUGAUGACCCUGUUCAGGCCGAGGCCUACAUCAACAGAGCCUCUCUGCUCCAGAACGAGUCCACCAACGAACAGCUACAGGUCCACUACAAAGUGUGCUACGCCAGAGUGUUGGACUACAGGAGGAAGUUUAUCGAGGCUGCACAGCGGUACAACGAGCUCUCUUACAAGUCCAUCGUUCACGAGACGGAGCGUCUAGAGGCCCUGAAGCACGCUCUUCAUUGCACCAUCCUGGCAUCAGCAGGCCAGCAGCGCUCCCGUAUGUUAGCCACCCUGUUUAAAGACGAGCGCUGUCAGCAGCUGGCGGCCUAUGGCAUCCUAGAGAAGAUGUACCUGGACCGCAUAAUCAGGGGGAACCAGCUGCAGGAGUUUGCUGCCAUGCUCAUGCCCCACCAGAAAGCCACCACUGGGGAUGGCUCCAGCAUAUUGGACAGAGCUGUUAUUGAACACAACCUGCUGUCUGCUAGCAAACUUUACAACAACAUCACGUUUGAAGAGCUAGGGGCGCUUCUGGAGAUCCCUCCCGCUAAGGACGAUUAUCUCCAUGGUGAGGUCCCUGGUUACAGAUGCAGUCUGGCUGAAAAGAUCGCCUCCCAGAUGAUAACAGAGGGACGCAUGAACGGCUUUAUCGACCAGAUAGACGGAAUCGUCCACUUUGAGACACGGGAGCCCCUGCCCACCUGGGACAAGCAGAUCCAGUCUCUAUGUUUUCAGGUGAACAACCUGCUGGAAAAGAUCACUGCUGCUGCUCCUGAGUGGACAGCCCAGGCCAUGGAGGCUCAGAUGACCCAGUAGACUGACUGACACCCCCUGGCCUGGAACACUCCACAUGACCACCCACACCAGGCACACCCCCUGGGCCUGGAACACUCCACAUGACCACCCACACCAGGCACACCCCCUGGCCUGGAACACUCCACAUGACCACCCACACCAGGCACACCCACUGGCCUGGGACAUCCCAAAUGACCACCCACACCAGGCACACCCUCUAGCCUGGGACAUCUCACAUGACCACCCACACCAGGCACACCCACUGGCCUGGGACAUCCCAAAUGACCAGGCACACCCCCUGGCCUGGGACAUCUCACAUGACCACCCACACCAGGCACACCCACUGGCCUGGGACAUCCCACAUGACCACCCACACCAGGCACACCCACUGGCCUGGGACAUCUCACAUCACCCCACACACCAGGGCACACCUGGCCUGGGACAUCUCACAUGACCACCCACACCAGGCACACCCACUGGCCUGGGACAUCUCACAUGACCACCCACACCAGGCACACCCCCUUGCCUGGAACACCUCACAUCACCCCACACACCAGGGCACACCUGGCCUGGAACACCUCACAUCACCCCACACACCAGGGCAGACCUGGCCUGGAAUACCCCACACACCAGGGCACAUCUCACAUGGCACCCUAGUCCUUAUUCACUAUAGAGGGUGCGAUUUUGGCUGGGUGGCUGGGCUAAGUGCGAAGUUUUGUAAGAUCGUACUGUUCUGAAGACUGCAAACACGAAAUUGUUCAGUUGAAACCAGUUGAAGCCAAAUUCUGUUGUAUUUUGGCAGGGGUUAAUAGAGCUUAGCCGAGCACCCGGCCUUAGUAGUGGUAGGGGAAACACUGGCCACUCCUCCCCACAUUCUCUGUCUCCCUCUCUCUCUGUUUCUCUGUCUCUCUCUCUUGCUCUCUCUCUGUCUCUCUCUGUCUCUCGCCCAUUUAAGUGUGAGACAUGUUUCAAUCUGGUGUUCUCUAGCAUGUUUCUCAGAAGAAGGCUGCUGUAUAUUAUGCUUGGAGUUUCCCAUUCAUCUUUCUAGGACUAAUAAAUGGAUACUUGAAUCCAUAGGCUCAUCAAGUUACCAGUGGUUGCAAUCUCAUAUAUACUUUGAUUUCAUGUAUUACAAACCAGAGAACGCAAACACUGAUGUCCCACGACGAAGGUGUUAGUGAUUCAAUUUGAAAUGUGAAAGACACACAGGCCAUGCCUACCGACACUUAAUUUGUUGCUGUAUUCUUGUACAAUGAUUUAGUUACAUUCUGUUUGGAAACAUUUUGUCAGACCUGGAGUGCAACUUCAACAAAGAGAUGAAUAAAAAAAAAAAAAGAAA